AUGAAAUCGGCCCGGUCAGGUAGCAGGCACCGAGAUGCCCCGGCACAGUGGCGGCGGGCGCGAGCGGCGCGAGCACGCCCCGGCAGGAGGAAAGGUCCUGACGCCCCCCGCCCCAGCGGCGUCGCGCUCCCGCCGAUUCAGGCGCUGGGGCCGAGGCCGAGGCCAGGCGUGAAGGUGACCGGUCUCGCCUCACAGGAGCUGCGACGCACCCUGCGGCAACUCACCGGCGGGCGCACGGGCACAAGGGAGGGGAUGACGGGGCUGUCGACCACGGACCUCGGCUCCGCCCUGGAUACGUUCUUGGACACAUGCACAUUGAGCACAGACGGCGACACGUUGCGGGCGGCGCUUGGGCAGCAGAAUGCAUCCCCUUUCACGCUGCCUGAGCGUGACACCCAUCACGCGGGGGACUCGGUAGGUCGACGCGGCGAGCUUGUCGUGAGUGAGAUACCGUGGUACUACCCCCCGCUGAAGGCCGCGUUGCUGCGGCAGCGCUGCUGCUACCCGGACGACAACGUCAUCUUUCCUCGCCCCACCUUGGGGCAGUUCUCCACCUUCUCCAACUGCAGCGACGCCACCGUCUCCUCGCAUUCGUCGCGUACGACCACCGAGGGGGAGAGGGAGGGGAAGGAACGAGGCGCGGACGCAGGCGCCGCCGCGCAAGCGAAGCGGAAGCCCAUUUCUCGUGUGGCGCUCAAGAAGAAGAAAAAAGGAUUUCCAAAAGACUUACGUGGAUCUGGUGUCUCGUUAAGCACCCAUGCAAACCAAGUGACGGCGGCUGAGGCUGCGGAGCAGCUGCGUCGGCGUUGGAUGCGGGAACGCCGCUUUCUGAACCGCAUCAAUCAGUGGUGCGACAAGGUGAUGCUCGUCGAGGAGAGUGUGAAGCUCGCCCACGACCCGGUGGAGCAGCACGAGCGCUGCAUGAUGGUGGUCCGCAAGGAGGAGGAGGUGCUGCUGCUGGAGAUGCAGCUUGAACGACACCAGGCCAUACAGGAACGCGAGCGUCGCCGACAGACUCGCCAAAGAGAGACGCUGGAGGCUGGUAGUUUGCGUUCCACGCUAAAAGGCGCCACACGGCCGAACAAUUGGCGACAGCUCCUGAGCACGUGGACCGUCGCAACGGAAGACGGCGCACAAAAGGGCACAGGGGCGGUGAGUGGGGAGGUGGAGGAGCGGCGCGUGGUCCCACUACCGCGCAUGAUCACGAUGCGAGGAGCGGGCACGGCUCCCACGUCCGGUGUGCCUGCGCGCCGCCCCGGUUGGGCGCCCGCCUCCAGCGAAGGGGCACCGAAGUGCCGGAGUCCCAGCCACGACGCCGGCUGCAGCCCGUUGGAAGGCCUGCGACGUCUAGUGGACGUCAUUGCGAUGCACUCGGCUGGCACGCAGGCGAGGGACGCGCCGCGCCCCCGCGCCUCGCCCACGUCGCCGUUGUACACCCCGAUCCCUUCCCGCGAGGGGGCGCUCUUUCCGCCGCCGGGCUCCGUCUACGCGCGGAUCAACUGGGUGGAGCUCGUCAUUGACGCGGACGACCUGCCUGGAAUAAAGCGGCUGACGCAGCGCCUGGGCGAUUGCGUGGGCGCGGCGGACACACCCGCGUCUGCGUCCUCUCUGACGCUUGAGACGGCGAAGGUGACCGAUUGCAGUCGUCUCGGGGGGGCCAAAGGACCCGCGUGCGCCCCAUUUCUUCUCCCACUGCAGCUCGUUUACAGCGUUCAUGGCGCACUGGAGCGGGUCGUUCUGGCGGACGCCGUUUCUCUUGUUCCGUCACGGUGCUUGACACGACAGCGCGGAGGCACGCACUCUCCUGACAAUUGCGGGAAAACGUUAUUCCAUCCCUGCGAAAACCCUCUAGGCGCUGCCGGCAGAAGUGCGGAGGGAGGCGCAGAGGUGUUUGACCUGCAUGAGCGCCUUUUGAGUGGGGGCGCGUUUGUCGGGGAUCCCCCACGUCCCUACGAGUCACUCGUCGGCUACGUCGUGGAUGCCGGCGCCAUUGCGAGGCAGAGCAAGUGGCGCUCGCUGACGCUGAAGCGAUUGGCAAACGAGGAAAACGGCGAGGUGCGGCGCCGCAUUCUCGCCAAGGUGAUGGUGACGCUGCCGACUCGCACCGUCGUGUCGGGGCAGGAUGAGGCGGGCGACACGGAAAAGCCCGACGCACCUCCGCUUGAUGGCACGCGGGACGACGUCUACUUGCUCACCACGAUGAGCGCAGACGCGAUGGACGUCAAUCCCUUUCUGCGCACGGUGCGCUGCCUGUCGCUGCCCUCGCCCUCGACUAUGCAAGACGAGGAGCCUGUCCUGGUGGCUCCCCUGCGGCGCACCUACUACGCGGUCGACACGCGACAUAUGUACUUUAUUGCCGCCACGGCGUUGAAGGAGACCAACGAGCGACUACUGCCCGCGCUGCAGAAGUUGCGGGCUGAGUACCGAGCCUUGACGCGGGCGCUGAUGCAGUCGGAGAGCCCUCAGUGUGACUCCGCCCGCAGCCGUCCCUUUGCGUUUUCCCCCGCGCAAAGCACGCGUGCCACGGAGCAAGUCUGUGAUGCGCUCAAACUUUUGCGGCUGGAGGCGGAAUACAGUGGCCUCCUUGCCACCCUGCAUCGAAACGAGUGCGCCAUCAUCCACUACAACCUGCACGUGGAGCCCUACGGCGAGUUUUUGAAGAAAAGCAAGACGCUGUGGGGCCCAUUGUACCUCCGCACCCUGCGACUGGCGUACGCCUUCUGCGUCUUGGUGUUGGGGCUGGGCGGGUUGCCGAUUCCGCCGCGGUACCAUCCCUUUCUUGGCCCUGUGCUGCAGCUUGUGGGCUGCCACGGCGGGCAGAAGGAACUGCGUUUCCGCAUUGAAGAGUACCUCCUCGAGCUGGAGGAGCGGGCGAAGCGGGUGCUCAUGCCGCUGCUCCUGCGGAAGGUCUCGGCUGAGCGCCUGGCGGAGCUCGACGCUGCGGCAGAGGCAGUGGCAAGCGGUCGGUGCCUCGCCACCCAAAUCAUGACGUCUCUCGCCGUACCGGAGGACGUCCUGGAAACGCGGCCCAAGCCAGUGGAACUGCCGUUGGCGUCUUUCACGGAUACGCCUUCGGUUGCCGGCUAA